CGUCGGCGAAGCUAUUGUUGAUGAUGUUGAAAUGUUUUAAGCUAUUCGAGACGACUUGUGCCUUUGUUUUGAAUUUUUGCAAGGCGGAUUUUCAAAUUAAAAAUAUAUUAUUUUAUAACAUAAACGUACCUGUGCUGUAAUCCCAACUUUUGUAAACUUUUAAAUUGCUUAUUUAGUUUCUUCUUGACAUUCCAAUACAUAAUCUCAAGCCUAACAUUUGUCUAAAUCAAAUUUAGUUGUGCGUUUGUAACUUGUAUUGUCAAAGUGAGUGAUUUAAAUGUUCAUCCACAAAUCAUUCCUAGGUUUAUGUUUUUUGUUUGAUUGUUUUGCUUUGAAAUGUCGUUUACUAAUCAGUAAAAGUUCUGAAAAUAUUUGACAAUUCAUAAACGAUAGGCUUAAUCAGAUACUAUGACACUCUAUAUUGACUACCGUGUUCGUCUGGAGGAUUGCACCUCCACAACAAAUGCAAUAGAGUGGCACCCCCAACAUCCAUUGCUUGCAGUAGCAUCGUACACGAUAGAGCGAGGUGGCUGCGUCAGUAUUUGUGAUGAUCUUGGUGAGCUGUUGGGUGACUUGCAACCAGAGUAUGUGGCUUCUUGUCAGGCACUGAGUCUGGCCUGGCACCCGAUCCGCAAGACCCUAGUUGUGGGCUGGGAGACGGGCCAUCUCCGGCUGUGGAAUGGCGAAAAGGACUUUGUGUCCAUGGCGUCACCCCACUCCACACCUGUACUGGUCCUCAAGUGGUCCAAGAUGGGGGGACGUCUCGUAUCUGUUGAUGCAAAUGGACUGAUGGUUGGAUGGCGGUUGGACUCUCGUUGCCAGCUGUUGUCUGUUUACAAAGUGACUUUACCCAGCAUCCCAUGUGAAGCGGUAUUCCGUGUAUCUCGACCAGGUCCAGACCUGACAGGGCUGGCCCGCCGCGCAGUGGCCGGGGACCAGGUAGCUCUAGAUAUAUUCAGUGCGUGGCGUCCGCGCACAGCCGGUCGUCAAGUCUCUGUACACCAGGACAACAUGGCAGUGUACGUUGCUACUGCACAAGGUGUGAUAAUGUACGUGAAUGAAACAGGGAAGUGCCAAGAAGUGUUGCAGUACAGUGGCAGGAUAGAGAAGCUCCUAUAUCAUGACACAGAAGAUGGUUUAGUGGUUGUGGGGAUGGGUCUGAACCUCAGCUACUAUUCUGCAGAGUCUGACGGAAGUCUCAAUGAAGUUACAACCGUGAAGUUGAGUGGUAGUGGCAACGCAAUAGUAUGGGCAGGCAGUGGUGUGCUGGCCUGUACAGUCAGUGACACAACAGUGCGCUGUUGGGAACCCUCCUCAGGAGAGACAUAUACUCUGAGUGCUCAGCUACCUGACGUCACAGCACAGACCAUCACUUGUUUGGCUUACAGCUCCAACAAAGGUGUGCUGUGUGGCUGCACCACUGUUGGUAACGUUGUGUUCUGGCGACACACUGCGGCCGGCUGGGAUCCUCUCCCUCCUGCCAAGGUGCAGGGGGUAGCUAAAACCUGCACUUGGGGUGGGUCUAUGCUCGCUGUUAACUCCUCCUCUGCCACCUACAUCAUGAAAGAACACAACCUCUGUGCCGCAUACUACCGUGGGAUGUCGGCUGUGCAAGUGUCGGCGUCUCAGCUGAUUGUGCAGUCGGCAGGCGAAACUGCUGAGCUCAACACUGACCUGCAGGUGUUCGGAGUAUGCCUCAGUAGGGAACAUGCGGCUGUGUGGAGCAAUAGGACAAUGGCUGUCUAUACAGUAGCACCCCUAUCCACUAUCAACGCCAUAGGAUCGUUUGGCUGCCAGGUAGAUAGUGCAGUGCUGUAUGAGCAGAGUCUGGUGGUGGCCAGCACAUCCAAGCUGCAAGUACACACACUGCAGGGUACCGUCAAGCAGACCCUGGACUGUGACGGUCAAGCUAUCUCUCUCUCGCUGACUGGCCACUUCCUUACUGUGGCAACCAUCAACGGCAUACUCCACAUGUGGGACCUGUCACGCAGAGAAGCGAAGAUUCACGGGAAAGCCAAAGACCUAGUGGACUCUAUUUCAGACUUUGCCGAGGUGAUGUGUGCUCGCACUAAUGCUACUGGAACCAGGGUGGCUCUUAGUGUAGCUGGGGCCAAUCUAUUGCCUCUACCGAAGAUCUACGUUUGGGACAUGGAGACAGACAGCAUGCUGUGUCAUAGCUUCAGCGCACAGGAGAGUGAAGUGUCGAGGUUUGUGGUGAACCUGUACUGGGACUGUGAGGAGCCCAGACUGUUAGUGUGUGAGACACGACGCCCGACCACGCAGGCUCACUCUGCCUCCGUACUGCGUAAAGUCAUUAACCAGCAUCCUUCCAGUAUAUUAGUAAGCCUGAUCACGUCCAGUGAACAUGGACUCUUGAUACAAGAUACAAGAUCAAUGAGCCAGGAGUUUGUCUCGCUGGUGGCUGUGGACACUCCGAACUACAUUGUUCUGAGCAAACCUUCCAAUCAGCAGAACAUUUCAGUUGAAAAGAUCUUGAUGCGAGAUUUUGAGGGCUUGGAAAACUGUGAUGCUGCUACCAGAAGUGCAGUUAUAAAGUUCAGUUUUAGUCUCAUCAUUGGAGACAUCGAUCAUGCAUUCAAAGCCAUUCACAAUAUUCACAGUGUGGCAGUGUGGAGUAGCCUGGCACGUAUGUGUGUGAAGGCGCAGCGACUGGAUGUGGCCCGCAUCUGUCUAGGCAACAUGAAGGACACGAGAGGUGUGGCAGCACUACGCCAGGCUGAACAACUUCCCGAGCCUGAGGCCAGAGUGGCGGCUCUGGCAGUGCACCUUGGAAUGCUGGAGGAGGCAGAGAAGCUGUACGCUGUGUGUGGGAGGUGGGAUCUACUCAACAGACUGCUGCAGGCUCAGGGCAAGUGGAGAGACGCUGUCAAGCUGGCAGAGGAGAAGGACAGGAUCCAUGUCCGUCACACCUGCCAUUGGUAUGGCAAGCACCUGGAGAGCCAAGGGGACCUGGAACGUGCGGCUGAGAUGUACAAACGAGCUGACACUCAUCGUCACCAAGUGCCUCGUAUGUUACUGCACGACUACACAGCAUUGGAACGUUACAUUACCGCUUCUGGUGACCCAGCUCUGAUACGAUGGUGGGCUCAGUACAUGGAGAGCACCGGAGACAUGGAGUCAGCCAUGAGACACUACACAGAUGCUGGUGACAAUUUGUCUAUGGUGCGAGUCAUGUGUUUCCUUGAGGAUUACGACCGGGCAGCAGAUAUUGCUAACAGUUCAGGGGACCGAGCCGCUUGCUACCAUCUUGCCAGACAAUAUGAGAACAUGGGCCGCAUCCCGGAGGCCAUCCACUUCUUUACUCGGGCCACAGCUUAUGCCAAUGCCAUCCGAAUAUGUAAGGAGCAAAGUCUGGAGGAGCAACUAUGGUCACUAGCGCUGUCGGCUGGACCCCAGGACCAGUUGGAGGCUGCCCGGCAUUUAGCCGGCACUGCGCCAGACCGUGCCGUGUUGCUGUACCACCGUGCCGGCCUCCUACAUCGGGCACUUGACCUUGCCUUUAAACACGAGCUGGUAGAGGCUGUCCAACUGAUCGCAUCGGAGCUCAACUCAGACUCCGACACAGAGCUGUUGGUCAUGUGUGCUCAGUUCUUUGUUGAAAAACUGCACUUUGAAAAAGCUGUCCGAUUGUUGGCCAUCGCCAAAAAGUAUGGGGAGGCCAUAGGUCUGUGUUCGGAGCACAAUGUGAUAUUAGCAGAGGAAUUGGCAGACCUGUUGAGCCCUCCACCAGGCUACCCAGGUCGCAGUGAGUUGCUGGACCAGCUAGCAGAGUGCGCCUUGGCACAGGCUAACUACCAUCUUGCCACCAAGAAGUACACUCAGGCAGGCAAGAAGGUCCAGGCUAUGAAGGCCCUGCUGAAAUCAGGGGACACAGAGAAGAUCAUAUUCUUUGCGACGGUAUCUCGUCAGCAGGAGAUCUAUGUGAUGGCUGCUAACUAUUUGCAGUCACUGGACUGGCAAGCACGUCCUGAGCUACUCAAGAACAUCAUUACCUUCUACACUAAGGGCAAAGCCCCCCAUCUGCUCGCCAACUUUUAUAUGGCUUGUGCUCAGGUUGAGGUUGAUGAGUAUGGCAACUAUGAGAAAGCUCUUGGAGCUCUCAACGAAGCUUCUCGCUGCAUCGCCAAGGAUGCAGACAAGUACAGUCAGGUGGCCGAAGUAGUCAGCAACAAGAUCGCACUUGUCAAGAAAUUUCUCGAUAUCCGCAGAUUGUUUGAGCGUGGUGAUGGCCAGGCAGGAGUGACGCAGUGUCAACUGUUACUGAAUACGCCUACAGACCUGGUACGUUGUGGAGAUGUCUACUCGCUCAUGAUAGAACACGCCACCAAGGUCGGGGACUGGAAGCUGGCAGCGCAGUUGGCCCAACAACUACGCAAGGCACAACCACAUGACAACAUUGCUCUUUACGUUCCCAGAGAUGUGCUGGAAAGGCUGGGAAUCAGCACUCAACCACUUGACCAUGAUGAGGAUCAAGGACAGGAGGUGGAAGAGGAAGUCGUAGAAGAAGUUGUUAGACAUGCAGAUUUUACAAUAUAGUUUAGUUAGUAGAAUUAUUACGGUGUAAAACAUUCAAUUAUUAUUGUUGUACAAUAUUGUAUACUUGUAAAUAGGUCAUCAUUAUUUUUAUAUCAACCUUAUUCAAAAUAUUUUCAGCACUCUAAAGAAUUAAUCAAGUCAAAUGACCAGACCAUGACGAUUAAUUUAUACAUUGUAAUGUGUUUCUAUUAUAGAUACGUUAGAUUGUUUCAUUAGUCCCUGUGCUACCAAAAUAACUAACUCCCAAUAUAGAUUGGAACAUUAGUAUCGGUUUUUCUUAUAUUAACAUUGAAGAGUCUAUUCAUUCUAUAAGUAAAGGAUAAUCCAUAGAUGUUAUAAAAAGUUAUAUUCAUAUAUUUAAAAAUGACAAAUUUUGUUUAAUACAUGUGCAGGAGUUGUUCUGAAGAUAGGUUACAGAGGCACCUGAUUACCGAAUGGGAUGUGAUAGCAGUAUGAUCUGGAUGGGGCUGUACAGCUACAUUCAGUGCACAUCUGGCAGUGUCACAGUGAGGCUCGCCACGCCAUUCUUAGCGCUUUACACUAGUGUUCAAAAUGGCUGUUGCAAUCAACCCUCCUGUCGACUGCAAAGUACAUAGCGUCAUUUUCAACCAGCAAAAGUUUAUUGUGAAUUAUGUUCCGUGUAUGGAGAAGACUUUAUGAGCUAUAUUGCAGUUAAAAAAUUGUUUCGUGAAUAAACUAAUUAACAUCAGUUCACAAUAAAAAGUGAGGCAACUGACCAUCUGUGGUUACUGAUAACCUAGUCCAACAAAUCAACCAUAAGAUUAGGGAAAAUCAAAAGUAACAAUCACAGAUUUUUUACAGUGUUUUUUUGUAGAUAUCAAAAACUUUAGGGCUUUUAAACUGUAAUUUAAAAUCGUGAAUAUCAUACAUUUUUGUGCCUGGUGGGUAAAAUCUUGGUUGAUAAACUCAAAAUAAAAAGAAUGUUAUCAGCUCUAAAGUUUCUUGUCCUGUACCAUGAAGAAGGUGACUUAUUUCUUACUAAGAUGGGUUUCUUUUGUCAAAGACAAACCAAAAAGACAAUUAAUGGAGUGGGGUUAUACUAUCACUACAAAACCCAUGAAUAUGGGUGUCAUAUAAGUACAAUAAGUUUUGAAAAGCGUGUACCUAGAUACGAUGUGUUGAAAAAUAGUUUUAAGCGCUGUCCUUUCAAAUGUGUGUAAUGGAAAAAAACUGUAAAAGAAGUAUAUUUUUUUAUUAAUGAAAGCGACACUUUCAGAACAACCUUUCUAAGAUAGGUUUCAAUCUCAAAAUGCGUAACAAAGUCUUAUUUUAUUAAAACCCAAGGACUUAGCCAGAAAGGGGGUCUCAAGAGGUCCAGACUCCAAUUUUUACAAUUACUUUUUUAGUAAAUGAUUAUUAUUAUUAUUUUAAAUAAUUCUGUAUUACUGACAUGUGCUGCUGAAAGAUCAUUCUCAACAAAGAAACUUUUAAGGAACAAAAUGGGGCCUUACUCUCUGUCCACUACAGGAAAAUAUAUAUUGUCUGUACCCCCAAAUUUUUUUCUAGCUACUUUCUUGUUAAAACUGGUCAUGUAGUGUUGAAAUAGGAUUUCACUUGCUGUUUCAGUAUCACGUAGUUUUUAAAUAUUGGUGUUACAGUAGAUUGCAUAUUGCGAAGAAGUUAAAACGUUCUGAGCGAAUUGCAAUUUUGAGUUUUAAUGAUGUAUUAUAUAAAAGUAAUGUUUAUGAUUAGGAGACUAUUUAGCAACUGUACUGUGAUAGUUUUAUCCGUCCACAUUUCAUUGUACUUAGGUUAGGUUAGAUGUUUAGUUUAUGUAAACGUCACAAUUAAAAAACGAAUAAAUGGAAAUUAAUAUUUUAUAAUGUUCUAUAAAAUGCAAAAAUAAAUUUUUUUAGGAAAUGAUUUUAGUUAUUAACACUAGAAAAAGUUCCUAUCUGGCUUUAAUUAUAAUAUCUUGACCCUGCUGG